AUGGCCGCCAAGCGAAGGCCCCAAAAACAAAGCACACAAGCACAACCAACCACGGACCCCCUGGGGGACUUCGACCAACUCUGUGUGAGACUCUGGUCUAUGCUGAGUGAGCGUGGAAUGGCUUACCGCCGGGCAGUGAAACUGGUGGCCACGUGGAUCCGUCCAGCAACCAGGCGGCCCCAUUACAGGCAUCCACUACAAACACCCAGAAAGACAACUAGACCCUACAAACACCAUCGAGCUCAAGGGCGGGAAACUAUGCCAUAUUACGAUGGCCCCCACACCCAAGAGAACAAGACUGCUAAGCCAACCUCCCACACAAGCUACUCACCAGCUCAGCGGGGCUCACCUUCACCCCUCCAAGCCACAGCUGCAAACCGGGGAGCUGCACAGUUGAACACUCUGCUAGAUACCGCCGGAGCGGAGCCCCAGUGCCAGAACAGUUUUUGGGAGAUCAACACUGACAACAGGAGACACGUCCAUGCGCUGGGCAUUGGCUGA